GACAGAAAACCUCCAGAUAACUACGCGUAGAGACAGUGGAAGGACCGGGAUAUGCAUGGCCAGGUACGAAGCAUCCGUACGUUAGGUACCUCAUCUGAUCUGUACAGCUGACAUGUGCUUCGGUCGGUGAUCUUUUUUUCCCCCUCUCCUUUUUCUUUUCCUCACUUCUCUCGAUAUUCCAUGUCUUCUCAUCUUCUCCUCGCCUUCACUCUUGUGAACCCAUUGUAAAACGAACGAAGAGCAAAUUAUCCUUUGCUGCAACAGGCAUAGAACGGACCAUCAACGAGCCGAAAGAGAGAAAACACGCCCCUUCGCAUCGAGUCGACCCGUCCAAACGCUGUAUUAUCUGUGCUCACCCGACGAACCGGCCGAAGCUAGCUACAAGCCACUCUCCCAAUGACUCAAGACGAGCUCCCGAUGGACCUUCCCAUCAUCGACCUAGACCUCUUCUUCUCCCAGCCCCACGACAGCCCCGCCGUGCAGGCCGAAUGCCGCAAGGCCGCCGACGCCCUUAUCACCUACGGCGCCCUCAUCCUCCACGACUCGCGCGUCUCCGAGGAAGACAACUCGACCUUCCUCGACCUGUUGGAGGACUAUUUCGCUCAGCCCAGCGAGGCCCUGCGCCGUGACGAGCGGCCGGAGCUGUCCUAUCAGAUCGGCGUCACUCUCGAGAAUACCGAGAAACCCAAGUGCGCCGCCGACGAACCCUGCCUCGAUGUCAUCCGCCGGCUCGACCCCUCGGAGCGUCCGCUCGACAUCUCGGCCCACUCCCCCGAUCCCAAGUGCCGGUUCUUCUGGCGGAUGAACGACGGCUUGCCGGCCGAGAAGACGCAGUUCCCCGGCCUCAACGCGCCCAAUGUCGUCCCCGAGGCCCCGCACAUCCGGGACCGCUGGACCCCCGUCAUGGACCGCUGGGGCACGGCCAUGAAGACGGCCGUCUCCGACCUCGCCUCCAUGGCCGCCGUCGGCCUGGGCCUCUCCGAGGACGCCUUCACCUCGGCCGCACGCCAUGGCCCCCACCUGCUCGCCCCGACAGCCUCCGACCUCGAGCGCUACGGGAAGGAGGACACCAUCCUCGCCGGCUUCCAUACCGACCUCAACUUCCUCACCAUCCACGGCCGGAGCCGCUACCCGGGGCUCCACGUCUGGGCCCGCAACACCGGCCGCCGCAUCGCCGUCGCCAUCCCGCCCGGCAACCACCUGCUCGUCCAGGCGGGCAAGCAGCUGGAGCACAUCACGGGCGGACUCAUCAAGGCCGGCUAUCACGAGGUCGUCGUCAACGGCAAGACGGUCGAUACGAUCCAGCGACGGCGCCAGCAGUUCCCCGACCGGCCGCUGGUUCGUAUCUCGUCCACGUUCUUCUGGCAUCUUUCCUCCGACUUUGACCUGGUUCCCGUGCCGCAGCUGGCCGAACGAGCGCGCCAGGUCCGCGUUCAGCAGUUCAAUCUCGGGAAGGAUGAGGGCGAGGAGGUUCAGUAUCCGCCCAUGAAAGUUGGCCACCAGGUGCAGGAGGAACUGAAGCACAUCGAAUUGAUGGCGCAGUAGAUUAUAGCCCCCCCUUCCUCCUCCCUCCUCAUAACGAUACCCAUUUGGAUAAGAAUAAAAAAUAUGUUUCUCUUGUGUUGACUGGCAGUCCAUGUCAUGGUUGUAAUGUCGCAGUGUUCCAGGUCCCUCGUCCUACGCCUCUUCCCCUUGCAAGAGGUCACGUCACGCAUUCUUCCAGGCGCUGCACCGUAUCUAUUUCUUCAGGUUCUCAAACACUUCAUCCCCCUCCGCAGCAUUCACUCCUUCCCUCACAACCCUCUCGACCGCCCCUUCCAGGUCCUCCGUCCCAUCGAGCAAAUCCAGCCACCCCGUCUUCGCCUCCCCGACCCUCUCCAUCAACGCAGCCGACACCUCCGCCACGGUAGCCCGACUGGUAUCCCCACUCACGCCCACCGUCUUGCCGAGCUCGACCUUCCCGGCAGGCUCGUCGGUCAACAC